AUGACAGAGGUUUUUCUUCCUCUUCAACUCACUGGGACUUCAGAAGACACCUUUGCAACAUUACGCACAGUGUUGUGCAACGACAAAAAGGUCUGUACUAUACAUGUACAAGAACUUUAAUCAAAGAGCACCUGAAGUGAAGAAGCAAAAGAUCACAAACCUCUUUUAAAAGGCCUUAUGGAUGGUGAAUGGGGAGCUGUGCUUUGCUGAGUUAGUGUAAACAGUGUGCCAUGGUCACUACAUCUAUACCCUCAUUCAACAGGAGAGGGCUGUCACAUUGGCAUAUCACACAGUCAGUCCUGCUCCUGUUGAUGGUACUGCUCAACAAACAGAUGGUCAUGGGUUCAGGACUUAAAGAAACCAUGAGGAAAUGGUCUGAAUAUAGGGCAAAUUGUACAAAUAUGUUAGCCAACAAAUCCUUGCAAGGAACUGGUGUCUACUGCAAAGGAAGUUUUGACAAUUUUGCCUGCUGGCCACAUUCUCCCCCUGGAAUUGUGUCAAUUCUCUGUCCUUCCUACCUACCUAUAUUUACGGAAGGAAGAACUGGUUACCUAUACAGAAACUGCACUGAUGGAGGGACCUGGCUUACCAUUGAAAAUUCCAGUGAGAUCUGGAGGAAUCACUCCGAAUGUGCAGAAUUCAGCCAUCAUUUCAGACCACAAGAGGAAGAGAAAACUUGGCAAUUAGUCCUGCGUAUUGUAUACACAAUUGGUUACUCACUGUCAUUAUCCUCACUGUCAUUGGCUGUCAUCAUUCUUCUCUUGCUAAGGAAACUUCAUUGCACAAGAAACUUCAUCCAUAUCAACUUAUUUACUUCUUUUAUAUUACGAGCUGUAGUCAUCCUUGCUAAAGAGAUCAUCCUUUAUGAAACAUAUUCUAAGAGACCCAAGGAUGAAACAGGAUGGAUUUAUAUUUUAAAUUCAGAGAAUUCUCCAUUUUGCAGAGCUGUGCAAGUUUUCAUGCACUAUCUUAUUGGUGCCAAUGCCUUCUGGCUUUUGGUGGAAGGGAUAUUUCUCCAUACAUUGCUUGUCACACCAGUGCUUUCAGAGAAAAGAUUAUUGAAGAAAUAUAUGGUCAUAGGAUGGGGAACCCCCAUUAUGUUUGUCGUGCCAUGGGCAGUAACAAAAGCCUUGUAUGAAAAUGAAGGGUGUUGGAGACGGAAUACAAACAUGGGAAUCUGGUGGAUAAUCAGGGGGCCAAUACGUUUUUCUAUAGCAGUCAAUUUCUACUUAUUUAUCAAAAUCCUGAAAUUGCUUCUUUGGAAAUUAAAAGCAGAAAAAAUGACAUUCAAUGAUUACAAGUUCAGAUUAGCCAGAGCCACUCUGGUGUUAAUUCCUUUGAUGGGAAUCCAUGAAAUUGUGUUUGCAUUUAUGCCAGAUGAGCAGAUAAAAGGAAGAUAUACCAGAUCCUUCAUCCAACUGACAUUAACCUCCUUCCAGGGCUUUCUGGUUGCGGUAUUGUAUUGUUUUGCCAAUAGAGAGGUUAAAACGGAGCUCAAAAAAAGAUGGCAACUAUAUCUCUUUGCAAACCACUUUGACUACAGAGAAUGCAUUGUAGGACAGCGUCUCCGAUGCCUAGGAAAGUAUUCAAAAAGGCGUCCUACCCAUUAUUUUGACCACAGUAAGUCCCAUGGAGAGAGAAAGAGAUCAUCAAAUGUGCAGCUUUUACAAGUGACAAUGAGAUCCAGUGGUAACUUGAAACUUCAAAGACCUGUUGGUUUGGAGCACUUUACAAGAGGAAGUGUUUCUAGCAGUGAAGGGGAGGGCACUCUUGGAGAAACGUUAGAGGAAAUACUUGAGGAAAGGUAGAUUAUGGCAUGCUUCUCCUAAAAAGACAAGUUCAGUCACAUCUUUGUGCAGUAUAUACAAUAUAUACAUAUAAUUUACAGAACAGUAUAUUAAUAUAUAUAUUUAUAUGUGACAUUUCUGGCACAAAACCUCAGAAUGACCUUUAUAUUAUUCUGCAAAAUUAAUUGCAUGAGAAACAGUUUAUUACUGUACAACUGACAUAGCAAUUACUUUAUUACUUUACACCUGCACAUACUCACAGAGUGAGAUUUUUUAAAGUAUUUAAUAUAAAGCAAAUAUAAAAUGUUUAUUGCUUUUAGAUAAUCUAUCAUUGAAGUCAUAUCCUGCAAUAUUCUCAUUUCUUAGCUUCUAAAACUUUUUUGUGAGAUAAAAAGGUCAUUUGGGAAGAACUAAUAUUCGUGUUAAAUGUUUUGUUUUUCUAGACUAUUUAAACAAACCGGUAUGAAACCUGUACCAUUAUUUUAACUUUUAAAUUAGUUUGUUAUUAAAAGUUUAUUUAAAAUGUAAAAAGUUUAAUAACUGAGAUUAGUUUCAUGUUUUAGGAAAGCCAUAUGUAUACACUGGGACAACCAGGAUAGGCUGGGAUAUGAAGACUGAGACCAAAUAAACUGAGACAAUAAUUUGUAAAUUCAGUAUUAUAUCUUUGGUGAGAUGAAAAGAGGUGAUUAAUACACCUGAACAUUAAUUUGUAAUUCCCAUCCAAGGAUCUUAUCCAACCAAUUCUUUAAAGAAGACCGGGCAUCAUAUUUUGACAAGAAAGCUGGGUGGCUUGUUCGAGACUCUCAAAACCCUUUGAGUAAAAGGUGCCUCCUGUUCAGUGUUUUAAAUGUAUUCUCUUAGUUUGUGUCAUAUUUGUUUCUUACUUCAUCAUUGAUUCUGAAGGAGUUCAGUACAUUGAUUCUGCUAUGCUUUUGAGAGUUUUUGUGAUUUUACUGUUCAAUACUGUAAAUUACCCCAAAACAGAGUGCAUUUAAAAAAAAAAAUCAAACCAUGAUACUAGUGGAACACCCAAGGUUAUAAACACUACCCCCCACCACCACCUCACCCCAUCUCUACCCAGUAUGGCUAACCUCCCUGUACUCAAAAUGUUUGUGAUCAAAAGUCAAUCAAAAUAAUGUCAAAUACAAUUUUGGAACAGGAGAGUCUAGGCAAUGGUCAGCCGUGUCCAUAUCAACAUUUUGUUAAAGAUGCCCAAUGUAAAAAGUGUUACUGUUCUUUUUACAUUUCAUUUUAAAGUGUCUCUUACUCAGUUUAUCCACACUUAAUAAACAUUUUCAUAUGAAAUAAAAUUCCUUUCUGGUCUUGUUUAUUUACCUCUUUUCCAUGGUAUUGCUAAUAUCAUAGGUCAAAAUCUCUCAACUUUCUCCAAAUCCUGCACUGAUCUGACAGAAACUAUCCCCUGUGAAAACCCUUUUGUGAUAAACAGAGAAGGGGAAAGUAUACUGUACAUACAGACAUGAAAAUAGACAGAGCCCUACGCAGCCUAUGUCUAAAAGGUUAUUAUUUGAUCUAAUUGACAGCUGGAAACAUAGUGAUAAUUUAUUCAAUUCAAUAUAUCUUCCUUUCAGAAUGAAACUCAAUGAAAACUUUUACAGUUAAUCUAGUAUGAAAUUGUUCUGAAUUAGACAUCUUUAGUUACAGCACCAAAACUACCAGUUCCUAUAAAAACUUUCUGAAUAUUUUUGUUUUUUUUAAUUGAUUCGACUGUAGCUGGUGAAAUAUAAUGCUUAAAGUUUUAGAUAUUACUUCCUAAUUAAUUUCAGUAACCAUGUUAUGCUAUAUUUCAUAUUUUGUGGAUAAACGUAUGGUGCAUGGCUUUGAAUGAGCUCUUUAAUGAUUUCAUAGAAUUGCUCAAUAAACUGAAUUGCAAAGAAUAAAUUAAGUCAGGAAGAUCACAUGAAUAGAAAACAUAUAUGAACUAUAUGUUUAAUUUAAUCUUACUGUAUUCAGAUAAAAUGUUGCCCUACAGUAUAUGGUUAAGGUGCAUAACCUUUCGAUGGCCUGCAUUCAUUUUUCUUGACAAAUUUUAUCAUGUGUGAUUGGC